GUCAACAUUGAUAAUCCUGUUUACAAUGUUUAUAGUAAUUAAUUUUGAAAAGAUAGCUUUAAAUGAAUUAUCUAUUAAUGUAAACGUUAAUACUGAAAAUAUAUUACAAAAAAUUAAAUGUAGAAGUUUUUAAACGAUAACUACAAUCCAUUACUUUUUUUUAAGACUUAAGAUGGAGAUGAAUUUUAAAAUGAAACUGUAUAAGCUAUUGGUUCAUACAAAAUCAUUCAAUGGUCUGUUGCUCAUUUGAUUUAUUCUGUAAGUUUACUUACUUUACCCUACAAAGUCACUUUUUUUAGGAGAGGAUCUUCUAAUAAAUCCUAAGGAUUUUCCUACCUUAAAGAAAGGAGAUGUGAUCGAAAUUUAUCACCCAGAAGAUGAGUAUAGUCGAUUACUUCUUCAAGUUACUCUAUUCAAAGAAGAUUUGCAAGGAAGAGAUGUUAUUAGCAUUGAGCAAAGUAUCGCAACUUCAUUUCAACUUCGUACUUUUGCUGAUGUUUGUGUAAAUCAAGUAGAUCCAGCUGCUGUUGCUUUAGAUUCAGUCGAAAUAAUCUUCAAAGAUCAAUACCUUGGUAGAAGUGAAUUUUGGAGGUUGAAGAACUCAUUAAUAAACUCUUGUGUUUAUAAUAAUAAAAAAAUUGAUUUUUGUGGAGGUAGUAUUAGAUGUCAGGUGUAUGAAAUGUGGGUGAGGGGUGAUCGUGUUGCUUGUGGAGUUAUUGUGGACUCUACUAAGGUGGUUUUCCGGUCACUCACUAGUAUGGUUUAUUUGUUUAUCCAAAUGAGCUCAGAAAUGUGGGAUUUCGAUAUUCAUGGUGAUCUAUAUUUUGAAAAAGCAAUUAAUGGAUUUUUAGCUGAUUUAUUUAAGAAAUGGAAGAAGUAUGGCAGUAACCAUGAAGUGACAAUAGUUUUGUUUUCAAGAAGUUUUUAUAAAGCAAAUUGCUUGGAGGAAUUUCCUCAAUAUAUGAGGCAAUGUUUGCAACAGGAUUAUAGGGGAAGAUUUUAUGAAGAUUUCUACAGAGUGGUAGUCCAAAAUGAAAGAUACGAUGAUUGGAACCACACUUUGAUUGAAUUGAGAAGGCUGUUUCUGGAUUAUCAGAAGAGUGUUUUAGAGUAUAACAACAGGCCAAAUAUAGUUGUUCCAAAAGCUAUCAAUUCCACCGCAGCACAAGGGAACUUCCUUGAAGUUUUGAAUAUGUCCCUUAACGUAUUUGAAAAGCACUACUUGGAUCGAAGCUUUGAUAGAACUGGACAGUUAUCAGUUGUCAUAACUCCUGGGGUUGGUGUUUUUGAAGUUGACCGAGAACUCACUAAUGUUACAAAGCAAAGAGUAAUUGAUAAUGGAGUUGGUAGUGAUUUGGUUUGUCUCGGUGAGCAACCCCUCCACGCAGUGCCUCUUUUUAAGUUUCAUAAUAAAGAUGCUUCAUUCAAUACAGACGAUUAUAGUAUGCCUCAUUGGAUUAAUCUGAGUUUUUAUACCUCAGAAAAAAGGGUAGCAUAUUCUAACUUUGUACCGAGAAUAAAAUUACCACCGAAAUGCUCCAAACCACCACCAACUUUGAAUAGUUCAGUCAGAUCAAAAACCGUUUAUGAAGAUGAAGACUUUACAACAAAUGUGGUUGAUUAUCAGGCUUAUGAUGAUCAAGUCUUCACCAUGCCAUCAGCUUUGUCGACGAAGAACAUGCGGCACAUGAAGAAAACAAGUGUGCCUAGUAUUGAUGGACCUGUGAAAAUAAAUCGUAGAAAAAUGUCAGAUCCUGAUAUCCACUAUAGCAGUGGUGAGACCCUUAGCCACAGCCCAGCGAUAACAAUACCUCUGCAAAGUAGUGAUGAAGCUGCAGCCCACCAUACACCGCCAUUCAUUUCAGACUUGAAAGUUCGAGCUGUAGAAGAUGUAACAGAUUCUCCGCCAAGCAGACAUAUUGUGGGCAGCAGUGGAUCACCAAGCACUCAUUUGGGUCAUCAAAAUAUGAGGCCUGGUAGAGCGUUAAUAAACCCUUUUGAUCCAUCUCAUAUCACCAUCAAACUUACCAGCAACCGUAGAAGGUGGACUCAUAUAUUUCCUAAAGGUCCUGAUGGACAGUUAAUUCAACAACAUCAUUAUAAAGCUUAUGAUAAAUCAAAAGGAAAAACUGGAUCUCCUGGGUUAAACAAACCAGUUUCAGAAACAGGUGGUGUUUUAGAUGGUAAAAUGAAACCGAGGCCUAGUAUACUCACCCUCAGUUCUACACCUUCCACAAAAAAGAGUUUAACCACACUCCUUUGGGGAGCCACUGGCGAACAGGAAUGGACUCCUGGAUUAACAACAGGUGUGGAUUGGAAGUCUCUGACGUUUCCAGCUUGCCUUCCGAUAACAACAGAUUAUUUUCCGGAUGAUGUAUGUCUCAAGACUGAUUAUGUUUUCUCUGAUUACAAUCUCCUACCAGAAGCUGUAAAUGCAGACUAUGCACAGCAAAGAGUAAUUUAUCGAAAACCUCUUUCAACUGAUGAAGUCUUCAAAGAACUCAUAUCCCAGAGACUUGCCCAAGGGUUUCAAAUUAUAAUAGAAGAAUAUGGUGGUCAAACUCCAAGCUUGAGCACAACUGGGAGUCUUGUGAUUGCCCCUAAGAGCCAGCAAGAACAAGGAAGUAUCACAGAGUAUAAGUUGAGUAUUGGAAGAGUGUUUCAUCGCUUAGCUUUAUCUGGUUCUGAAAUCAGAGUAACUCGAUAUCGUCCCAGGCAUCCUUAUCCUCCUUUUGAUUUUCACUAUCGCUAUCGAUUUCAAGCUCCUGAUCAUACAACUUAUGAUGUCUCGUGGAUUUCAUUUACCACUGAAAAGCUGGAAAAUUUCAAUUGGAAUUAUAUAGAUAAUUACAUCUGUACUCGGGGAGAUACUGACUUUGCACUUGUCGAGACUCUUAAGUAUUGGAGGUUUCGUGUAUAUUUAAUCCCAAUGUGUCAAGCUGUAACGAAAAAAAUACUUGAUGGUGCUGAACAUUGUGAUAUCUAUACACCGUUCACGAAUGAAGAGAGAUCCAAUCUAACUGAUAAUUUUCUGAGGUUUAUGGAGCAAUUCAUUAAUAAAAUAAAGCGAGCUCAGUAUCCAAAAAAGCAAAGGAGCAGUGUUGUCGGCAAUUCACCUUUUCGAGAAAGACUUGGAAGUAAUAGGUUACCAGAAAAACCAAGGCCGAGAUCUGGCUCAAAAGUAAUGGAUAGAGGACGGGCUUCUCCUGCAAUAGAUACAAUAAUCCCUCUUGUUUCUGAUAUUGAGCAUGCAGAAUAUGAUCAGGAAGCAUCUCAGUGUGUCGUGCUGAAAGAAGGUACACCUUAUCAUGAAAUAGUGGAAGCAUUGAAGAACCCUCAUUCCGGGAUCAGUUUUCUCAAUACUCAUCCUAGCUUUCCGUCUAAUACUUUUGUGAGUGCCGAUGCAGUCCAGUGGCUCAUAGCUCAUUUAGAGGGAGUUUCUAACCAGCAACAGGCAUCUAGCAUCUUGCAGGAAAUAUUGAAUGAAAAACUUAUUUGUCAUGCUUCAGGAGAUUUCGGACUACCUUUUAUAUACGGAUUUUAUUUGUAUCAUAUUGUAAAAGCCAAUAAAGAUGAUUCAAAAGGUGAAGGUGACCCAGUUGGUGAUCUCCAAGGAUUUGAGAAUGAAUGGCUUGAAGUUGAGGUGAAGCCUCCUGCCGAGAUUCUGAAAGGACCAGCAUUCUUAAUGAAAAGGCUGCGCCCUGCAUGCUCUCAAAUUGAUUACAAAGGUCCACUGUAUAAAGAGAGUCACCUUGAGAUUGAUAUCAACGGCAAAAGUGACAGAGUUGAAUGGGGUCAUGUGAAAUACCAUACCUGUUAUAGGCCCGACCUAGCUUAUGAAAUGGUAAUAAAAUGGGCUGCAGCUUCUGGGGCCAUUGUUGCUGAUUUGGUUCUUGGCUGGGCGAGAAAAGCACAAACUUGUGGAUUACAAAUGGUCCCGGUGCCAGCUGAUCCAUUUGCUCUUCCUUACUCGCUCAAAUCUGAUCCUUUGAGGGGACCCAUCUUUGUUCCGUUGGAGACCGAGUGUCUGAUGGGAAGUAAAAGUUAUUUAUUUGAAGAAUUUGAAGAAGAAUCCUGGCCUACCAGAUUAGUACUUUUUCAGGAAGCAAUUGCGAUUAAUUUUGGAUUCUUUGCUUGUUCAGUUGAAGGUUCUCAUCAGCAUAACCAGUAUAUCCACCUUUCAGGAAACAUCUUUCUUUUGAUACCUUCCGUACCAUGUGAACAUAGCCGCCAGAGCCCUAUUCCUCGGAGUAGGCCAGUGAGAAGGCAUGCGGUGGUAACAGAAGGCACUAGUCCCCACCAUGAGUAUAUAACCAGGCACGUUGGGCCUCAAUCGCAUGCUUAUGAAGCACGGAUUGGCUUUUUGUGGUCAUGGAACCAUAUGGUAAGCCGGAGGUGGAGAUCAGGGUCAACAAACGCAAUAGGUGAUGAGGCGUUUCAAAACAAAUUGCUAGCAGACUUUAGAGCAUUCUGUUCCAAUGAUGGAAAUCGUCUUUGUAAUUUCUGGGAGUCUUCUUGGACGACAUUGCAGACAAUCAUGCAAACUGGCUAAAAAUUAUUAUUAUUAUUUUAAUUUAUUGUGGAUAUUGUAUAUAAAUUAAUAAUGGAUUUGUAACAUUUCCAGACUGAAUAAUUUGGUUCAAAUGUAUCAAUAUGCUGGCUGGAACAGAAUGUUAAAACUGAUUAAUUUAGUAGUGUUCCACUGAAAUAUUUUUUUAUUUGUUUUGUAGAUACUUUUGUCAUAGUUUUGAAUUUAUGAUAAAUAUUUUUAUAUUAAUACUAUUAAGGCUGAUAAUUGUAUUUUGAAUACAUUGACCCCGUAAAGAUAUUUUAUAACUAAUUCUUUGAAAAUAGAUUUUCAUUGUUCUAUCUGUUAUAUUAUAUUUAUGAUUUGAGUCUAAAUGUGGUUCUUAAUGACUCAUAUUGAGUUUCUUAUUAAAUAUUAAAUCAACUUAUUAAAUUAAAUUCUGGCAAUUUAUUUUCAAUUUAAAGUUUUUUAUUCAAAAUGAAACAAAGGGGGGUCUGAUAGUUGUUAAUUGGAAUUGCUGCAUCAGAAACUGUUUAAUCUGUUGUAGUUCAACUAAAAACUCCGUGAUAUUUAUUAUUAUAUAUUUAUAUAGGGAAGUAUGUCUUUAUGUGUAGAUACGUAUAAAUAUUUUCAUAAUUAGUUUUAUAUUGUUAUAUUUCUGAGAUUUAUGAUUAAAAAGAUGUCCAAAUAAUAUAAUAUAUAUUAAUGUUAAUUUAUUUAUCAUUUUUAGCAUCACCUUGAGUGGCAAUCUUCAAUAUUUAUUCUAUAAAAUUUGAAAAGCUCAAUUUUUUUUCAGAUAUAAUAUUUGAAAAAUUGUUUUAACAAUAUAUUUCCAUCCAUCCUUUUCUGAAAAUUGUUAGUUUAUGUUCAUAAUAAUAGAUACACUUCACUUGCCAUAUUUUAAUUAUCUAUAAGAAAUAAAUGUAAUGAAAUUGAAAUUGUUCACUAAUUAGAAUAUAUAGCAACCUGUUCAACAGAGUAAUAAAAGGCUGAUAUCUAUAGUUAAAAAUA